CCAUGGGACUGCAUCUCCUUACGAUGCUCCACUGCUUUGUGGGUUAGACCUUUAGGUCAAAGGCUCGGGGAGUGGCCCCCUAAGAUAACCACCUGCUUCGGUUUGGGCACCCGGGCAGUAUCACAGCCCACACACAAAUGAUGAACUGUUUAUGUCUAUGGAAACUACUUUUGUCGCUUUGAAAAACAAUCAAUUGAUUCAAAUUAUGAUCACUUCAAUUAUUGUCAUUAUUAAUAAUAAUAUUAUUAUUACUACUAUCAUUGUCAUUAUUGUUAUUAUUAUCAUUAUUAUUAUUAUUUUCCACAUUAUUCACCUUCUUUUAUACUUAUACAGCGGCUCGUCUUUGGUGGAAUUCCGACUGUAUCUAAACGUUCUCGAGUCACUGUCCGGUUGAAAAUUGUAUGUUACCACCGAAUACGAGGACUGAAGCAGAUUUUCUGAAACCACGUGCAUCAUUCAAACUGGCUGCCUUCAACGUUCUCACACUUAUGCAGGACGGACAACAGAUAGGGUUGACUAUGUCUUUGGAAAAUUUUAAUAUAGGCGUCUGUUGUCUAUCCGAGACCAGUAUUCAAGACUCUGGUGAAGUACUACAAAUUUGCUCUCCAUAUGUCGCUUCGAAAAGCUUGUUUUACGUGCGCUUAUCCGGGGACCUUGUGGCAUCUUCGUCUGGCCUUACUGGCGUUGGUGUCGCACUGAACGCUAGAGCUGAGGCAGCACUAAUCGACUGGAUCCCCAUUAACAGUCGGUUAUGUGCUGUGAGAUUAGAAAGUUCCAUCAAAGUGAGAAAAAAUCGGUGUGAGAAACGAUGUCUUUUCGUCAUCUCCGCCUAUGCCCCGACAGAUUCUAGCCCGGAUGCAAUCAAGGAUGAGUUUUACCACCAGUUAUCUGUUCUUCUCCAGAAAGUGCGUUCGACAGAUGUUGUAGUACUAGCCGGAGACUUGAAUGCUCAGGUCGGGCGUCUAGGCACAGAAGAGAGUCGUUUGGGUGGUCGAUGGGAAAUUGUUGGUCGCAGGUGAAAUAACAGGGACUGUCUACUGCAACUGUGCAUAGACCACAACCUGUUUCUGGCUAGCACUAACAUUCGGCACAGUCAUCGCCGAUGUGCCACCUGGCGUCCUCCCUCUGCAUCUCAAGCCUGGACUCAGAUUGAUCACAUCGCGAUCAACUACCGCUGGCGUGGUUGUGUACAAGACAGCCGCUCCUUUUCGAGUACCUAU